CGCCUUUGGGAAGGUCGCAGGCGGUCAGCAAGGUGAAAGCUGCCUGGGCGGUCACCGCCUUCAGGGCGCGCGAGCUCUCUGCUCUUCUGCAGCCUGGAUUCUGGCGAGGGCAGCUGCGCCCAGAUCCCACAGCAGAAGCCAUGGCGAAGUCCAGGGGCCGUCUGUACCUUUGGAUCUGUUUGAUUGCAGUGCUGGCAUCUUUUCUGGCGGGCUUUAUGGUGGGUUGGUUUAUUAAGCCUCUCAAAGAAACAACCAGUGCAACACACCAUCAUCAAAGUAUACGAGAGAAACUGUUAUCAGAAAUGAAAGCUGAAAACAUUAAAUCAUUUCUUCGUUCUUUCACAAAACUUCCUCAUCUGGCAGGAACAGAACAAAAUUUACUACUUGCCAAAAAAAUUCAAGCCCAGUGGAAGAAAUUUGGACUUGAUUCAGCCAAUUUAGUCCAUUACGAUGUUCUCCUAUCUUACCCUAACGAGGCAAAUGCUAACUGCAUAUCGAUUGUGGAUGAACAUGGAACUGAGAUAUUCAAAACAUCACACCUUGAACCACCUCCAGAUGGAUAUGAGAACGUUACAAAUAUUGUACCACCAUAUAAUGCUUUCUCAGCCCAAGGCAUGCCAGAGGGAGAUCUCAUAUAUGUGAACUAUGCUCGUACUGAAGACUUUUUCAAAUUAGAAAGAGAGAUGAACAUAAACUGCACUGGAAAAAUUGUUAUUGCAAGAUAUGGGAAGAUCUUCAGAGGAAAUAAAGUUAAAAAUGCCAUGUUAGCAGGAGCCAUAGGAAUCAUCUUAUACUCAGAUCCAGCCGACUACUUUGCUCCUGGGGUACAGCCAUAUCCCAAAGGAUGGAACCUUCCUGGAACUAUAGCCCAGAGAGGAAAUGUAUUAAAUUUGAAUGGUGCUGGUGACCCGCUUACUCCAGGCUAUCCAGCUAAAGAGUAUACCUUCAGACUAAAUGUUGAAGAAGGAGUGGGAAUCCCAAAAAUACCUGUACAUCCUAUUGGAUAUAAUGAUGCAGAAAUAUUAUUACGCCACUUGGGAGGAACUGCUCCACCAGGUGAGAAUUGGAAGGGAGCUCUCAAUGUGGGUUACAAUAUUGGACCUGGCUUUACUGGGAAUGAGUCUUUCAGGAAAGUUAGAAUGCAUGUUCAUAAUACCAACAAAAUUACAAGGAUUUACAAUGUAAUUGGAACGAUCAGAGGAUCUGUAGAACCUGACAGGUAUGUUAUUCUGGGAGGUCACCGUGACUCUUGGGUUUUUGGAGGUAUUGACCCAACCACUGGGACUGCUGUUUUGCAAGAAAUUGCUCAGAGUUUUGGAAAACUGAUAAGUAGAGGCUGGAGACCUAGGAGAACUAUCAUUUUUGCCAGUUGGGAUGCAGAAGAAUUUGGAUUGCUGGGUUCUACAGAAUGGGCUGAGGAGAAUGCAAAAAUACUCCAGGAGAGAAGUAUUGCUUAUAUCAACUCAGAUUCAUCUAUAGAAGGCAAUUAUACUCUCAGAGUUGACUGUACACCCCUUCUUUACCAGUUGAUGUAUAAACUGACAAAAGAGAUUCCUAGCCCAGAUGAUGGUUUUGAGAAUAAAUCACUUUAUGAAAGUUGGUUGGAAAAAGACCCUUCACUUGAAAAUAAAGGUUUUCCUAGAAUCAACAAGUUGGGAUCUGGAAGUGAUUUUGAAGCUUAUUUUCAGAGGCUUGGAAUUGCUUCAGGCAGAGCUCGUUACACCAAGAAUAGGAAAACAGAUAAAUAUAGCAGCUACCCUGUAUAUCACACAAUUUAUGAAACAUUUGAAUUAGUAGAGAAUUUCUAUGACCCCACAUUUAAGAAACAGCUUUCUGUGGCUCAGCUACGAGGAGCACUAGUAUAUGAGCUUGCAGACUCUACAAUAAUUCCUUUCAAUAUUCAAGACUACGGAACAGCUUUGGAAAACUAUGUAGCAAGUAUCUUCAAUUUAUCCAAGAAAUAUGACCAGCAAUUGAAAGAUGAGGGAGUAUCAUUUGACUCCAUGUUUUCUGCUGUGAAAAACUUCUCAGAGGCUGCUUUAGAUUUUCAUAGAAGACUUACAGAAGUUGAUCUUAAUAAUCCCAUUGCAGUGAGAAUUAUGAAUGACCAAUUGAUGUUUCUGGAAAGAGCAUUCAUUGAUCCCCUUGGUUUACCAGGGAGAAAGUUCUAUAGGCACAUUAUCUUUGCUCCAAGUAGCCACAACAAAUAUGCUGGAGAAUCAUUUCCUGGGAUUUAUGAUGCUAUGUUUGAUAUUGAAAAUACAGCAGACCCUCAUUUGGCCUGGACAGAAGUAAAGAAACAGAUUUCUAUUGCAGCUUUCACAAUUCAAGCAGCAGCAGAAACACUGAAAGAAGUGUUAUAGAAAUGCACCAGUCAAGUGAACAAUUAUUAAAAAUGUUCCUGAAAGUCUGAGGAUGAAUUAGUCUUUCUGUUUGAUGACUCAUGAAGCAGAGUGUUCUCAAAUCUUGAUGUUCACAUCAGGGUAUUUUGACUUUUUCAUGCAUGGUCAGAGAAACUGAAAAUGGAAAUAACCAAAUGUCCAUCAACAGAUGAAUGGAUAAAUUGUGGUAUAUCCAUAAGGGAAUACUACUCAGCAAUAAAAAUAAAAGCAUUGUUACUGGCAGACAUUGUUGAAUGACAGAAGUUAGGCAUAGAAAAGUACAUAAGGCAAAACUAAUUACAUGAAUAAGUGUUAAACUAGAUAGAAAUCAGUGAUUGUGCAAGUGGUAGGAGGGGAGGAAUGACCACAAAGAUGUAUGGGGAAUCUUUCUUGGCUAAAUGAGUUUUCUGUAUCUUGAGCUGUUACAGAGGUGUAUACAUUUGCCAUACUCCAUCAUGCUAAAAAUGUGUACAUUUUACUGUAUGAAAAUUAUGCCCUGAUAAAUGUAAUUACAAAAAAUAAAGGUCUGGUAG